AGUGAGACCAACAGACGAGCAGACACCAACUGUCAUGAAAGAGAAAGUGCUAUAUUCUCAGGAUGGCAGCCAGCCGUGUUCUCCAGAGGGGAAGCAAGUCAUCGAGUGCUUAAGAUGUGGGGAGCCAUGCAAAGGACAGGUGCUGUGCGUACAGAGCAGCCACUUCCACAUAAAGUGCUUUACCUGCAAGGUGUGCGGCUGUGACCUGGCUCAGAGUGGCUUCUUCAUGAAGAAUGGCGACUACCUCUGCCCGCUGGACUUCCAGAGGCUUCACGGCACGCUCUGCAACAGCUGUGGGGAAUUUGUGGAGGGAGCGGUGGUCACAGUCUUGGGGAAGACCUACCACCCAGCUUGCUUUGUUUGCACUGUUUGCAAACACCCUUUUCCUGCUGGGGAUUGUGUCACCUUCAGUGGAAAGGACUGCCUCUGUCAGCGCUGCAUCCGACCUCUGUCUCCGACUCCUAACGACAUCAGCUGUUCCAGCAACUGCUCUGGCUGCGGUAGAGACAUCAAGAACGGCCAGGCUCUGUUAGCGCUGGGUCGCCAGUGGCACCUCGGCUGCUUCAAGUGUAAAGCCUGCAGGAGAGUGCUGAGCGGAGAAUAUAUCAGCAAGGAUGGCGUUCCAUAUUGUGAGAGGGACUACCAGAUUCAAUUUGGGGUACAAUGUGAAGCAUGUCAGAAGUUUAUAACUGGAAAAGUCCUGGAGGCGGGGGAGAAACAUUACCACCCCAGCUGUGCAAGAUGCAGCCGAUGUGACAAAAUGUUUACGGAGGGUGAAGACAUGUAUGUGCAAGGAUCAACAGUUUGGCACCCAGACUGCAGAGACAGCAGCAGAACUGAGGACAGUUUCAUGGUCAGCAGACCAAAAACACCUUGUCUUGAUUUCUUUUUCCCCCGACAGAAACUAAAGCCCACUAGAUCCUCAUCUGAAAGCUCCUGCUCCAGGCCGGGCUCGUGCACCCCAGGGAGUCCAGGUCGGACCAUCUGUGCAAAAGUAGAUAAUGAGAUCAUUGAUUACCGAGACUUAGCAGCCAUUCCCAGAGUCAAGGCUAUAUAUGACAUAGAGCAUCCUGAUAUGAUAUCUUAUAAGUCUGUGAACAACAACUCCUCUACUUUGGACAACAAAGGCAUCAGACAGGACAGGCAAAGCCCUCCAGAGUCACCAGGAAAUGUAUCUGAAACCACAGAGGAGAGUUUUGAAGUCGGAAAGUACAUACCAAAAUCUACACGCCACGGAUCUUUUGGAGUUCAUACAAUAAACAAUCGUCACAGCUACACGCCAACUCUGUCCAGAUCACCGCAACACUUCCACCGGCCAGGAUUGAUGCUUUCUCCCUCUUUAUUGUCUGGCAACAAUGAUACCUGCCCCGCUUCCCCUUUAUGUCACCACUUACUCCCUCAUACCAAAGACGAAGCCUUCAACAUGUACAGGAGGCCCCCAAUUUAUAAACGGCAAGAUCCAAAUUCCAUCACAACCCAAACAUCCUCUUUGCCUGGAUAUGGUCGCAAAGGCCUCAAUCCGCCACCGUCAGCUGAUUUCUCCCAUUACAGCAGCGACAGGUUCAGAGACUUUAAGCUCAUCUACGACGGUCAACAUCCAUUAGCACGAAUGGACAGAGGAGUGUCUAUGCCUAAUUUGUUGGAAUCAAAAGUCUACCCAUAUGAACUGCUCGCAGUUAGUAGUAGAGGACGAGUGAAACUUCCCAGGGAUGUUGACAGAACAAGACUUGAGCGCCACCUUUCCCCGGAUUCAUUCUUUGAGAUCUUUGGCAUGGAGUUUCAAGAAUUUGACGUACUUCCACUGUGGAAACGUAAUAAUAUGAAGAAGAGGGCAAAUCUCUUCUAAAUGCUGCCUAAUGCAGGUUUGAACUCGUUGUUAAUAUGCAGUACAUAUUAAGUUCCGAUGGCCCCUUCUGUUUAUUUCUCGGCCUUUUACACAAAAAUGUGAUAUGUUUUGCUUAUAAACUGGACACAGUGUUGUGUUUCCCAGUUAGUUUAUGUAAGCUUUUGUAAUAAUGUUUGAAUGUAUAAUACCUCAAAGUAGAUAUGAACAUGAGAACUCAACUCGCUAUAGUCUUGGCUUCACUGAUAGAAAGCCAUUAUUAUUUUCUCUUUCCUAAAUCAGCCGUCUCCCCAGGGAUUACGUUCAUAUUGGACAAUUAGCUGCAUACAGUGUAUCAGUACAGGACCGAUCGGUACAGUGUAAAUGCAACAGGUAGAGUGGCAUAAAGUCAUUUGUUCAUCUUUAAAUGCCAGAGACUGUUUCAAACCAACAAUUGAUGUGGACUUUUGUGAUAUUUACCAAUGCAGACAAUCUUUCCGUUGCCUGACCGAUGCCUAACCUCCAAGAUGUUAACUGGCGUGCUGCUGUUAUGUUUUCACACUCAGAGCACCGAUAGAUCAGCAAAAUGCUCACAUAUCAUCAAAACCUUGGAUUAAGAUCAGUGACAAGGUUUUUGAGGGGGAACUGAUGCUUUCAAAAAAUAUUUAUUCCUAAAACAUAUGCAGAUCGCAACUACAAGAUGGAUACGGUUAGGCAUAUUGAGGAUAAUGUAUCAACAUGUAGUUCAAUACAGGAAGAAAUGCACGAGUAUUUUUCUGCUUGCCUUCUGGAAAUGAGAGAACGAUUGAUUUCAGAGCACAGUGUUUGAGAGGAGUAAGCGUGUUUAAAGUCAGUCAUUCAUGUCUAAAGUUGUUGAGAAGCAGGUUUAAAUUAUUUUGUCUUAAGUGAAAGCCUUUGUAGAUGAUGAUUAUUAACCUUUCGGAAUAAUACAUCAUGAUACCUGAUGUAUGGUGCAGUGUUUGGCUACAUAAAAUGUUAUAACUAUACAUAACUUGUCACCAACAUUACAUGUUGGUGACAAGACUCUCUCAGUGUUGUCAUUGUUACUUCAAUAUGAUAUUAUAUUUAUGUUAUUCAUUUGAUUCUCACUUUGUUGUCUCACCGGUUACACAAAUGUUGAAACACAAAAACUGAAAAGAACGUUUUUGAAAAUGUUUAUGUCAAUAAAUCAAUGAAAUGUUUGAAAUUGGGUUGUAAAAGGAAUAAUUAGGAUGAUUUAACUUAUUUUUGUUUUAUGUUUUCCCCUGACUUAGACAUGAUAACAAUCAUUGUAUUAGUUACCUUGACACUGCUGUCCCAUCACACCACCUCAAGCACCCUAAAUAAAAUCAAAUUUGAGAAAAUGAAUGCCUCUUUAUUGACAGAAUAAAUUAGGUUGUGUGUUUGCAAUGAGGAGUCCGUUUUGAGGCCAUAUUUUUGCACAUAAUUUCAGUUUUUUUUGGUGAAUCUCCCAGAAGAAUCUUAUUAUCCAGCUUUGAGAAAAAUAUAUAAAUACAAUUAGACUUCAAUGAAUCUGCCCAUGAUGACAGAUAAUCUUGAUCUGGUUUUCUAUACUAGAGAUACCUUCAUGAUGUCUACUCUCUCUGUACAGCAUGCAUUUCUUCAGCAUGCAAAUUUCAGUCAGAAUCAGUGAUGAAUACAUUGUUAGAACUAUCACCUUGGCAAUGAAGUAGCCGCCAUUCUAAUUACUAUCCAACUUUCUUGGCUACCUGUCAAAAUCAAGAGACAGAAGGUCCAGCUUAAGAUAAACUACUUUAUGGAAGAA